AUGCCGUCAGCAGCUAUAUCUAUAAGAUUUGAUUUCAUCUUCAUGGUCAUUCAAAAAUCUGGAGAGCAGGGAAUCCCUGAUGAGGCGCUGCAGUCUGGAGAGCAGGGAAUCCCUGAUGAGGCGCUGCAGUCUGGAGAGCAGGGAAUCCCUGAUGAAGCGCUGCAGUCUGGAGAGCAGGGAAUCCCUGAUGCGGCGCUGCAUUCUAGAGAGCAGGGAAUCCCUGAUGCGGCGCUGCAGUCUGGAGAGCAGGGAAUCCCUGAUGAGGCGCUGCAGUCUGGAGAGCAGGGAAUCCCUGAUGCGGCGCUGCAGUCUGGAGAGCAGGGAAUCCCUGAUGAGGCGCUGCAGUCUGGAGAGCAGGGAAUCCCUGAUGAGGCGCUGCAGUCUGGAGAGCAGGGAAUCCUUGAUGAGGCGCUGCAGUCUGGAGAGCAGGGAAUCCCUGAUGAGGCGCUGCAGUCUGGAGAGCAGGGAAUCCCUGAUGAGGCGCUGCAGUCUGGAGAGCAGGGAAUCCCUGAUGAGGCGCUGCAGUCUGGAGAGCAGGGAAUCCCUGAUGAGGUGCUGCAGUCUGGAGAGCGCUCCGCAUUUCUUGCUUAG